CUCGGACCGCUGAGGUGAGCAGGAGCUGAGGCGGGGAAGAGGGGCUUUGAGAGGCGCCUGCAGCCAAGGGCAGUGGAAGAGGAAAUGGCUUUUCCUAAUCAGCUCUGCAUUCGCCGCUGGACUACCAAGCAUGUAGCUGUUUGGCUGAAGGAUGAAGGCUUUUUUGAGUAUGUGGACAUUUUAUGCAAUAAGCACCGACUUGAUGGAAUCACAUUGCUAACGUUGACUGAAUAUGAUCUCCGGUCUCCUCCUCUGGAAAUCAAAGUCUUAGGGGACAUUAAAAGGUUAAUGCUGUCAGUCCGAAAAUUGCAGAAAAUACAUAUUGAUGUUUUAGAAGAGAUGGGAUACAACAGUGACAGUCCCAUGAGUUCCAUGAGCCCUUUCAUCAGUGCUCUUCAGAGUGCAGAGUGGCUCUGUAAUGGGGAACCUUCACACGACUGUGACGGACCCAUCACUGAUUUGAAUUCUGAUCAAUACCAGUAUGUGAAUGGUAAAAACAAACAUUCUAUUCGAAGAUUGGACCCAGAGUAUUGGAAGACCAUAUUGAGUUGUAUAUAUGUUUUUAUAGUGUUCGGAUUUACAUCUUUCAUAAUGGUUAUAGUCCACGAGCGAGUGCCUGACAUGCAGACCUAUCCACCACUCCCGGAUAUAUUCCUAGACAGCGUUCCUAGAAUUCCAUGGGCCUUUGCCAUGACAGAAGUAUGUGGCAUGAUUCUGUGCUAUAUUUGGCUCCUGGUUCUUCUUCUUCACAAGCACAGGUCAAUACUUCUGCGAAGGCUUUGUAGUCUGAUGGGCACUGUAUUCUUGCUUCGCUGCUUUACCAUGUUUGUGACCUCCCUCUCCGUGCCAGGACAGCACCUACAGUGUACUGGAAAGGUAUAUGGCAGUGUGUGGGAGAAAUUACACCGGGCCUUUGCCAUUUGGAGUGGCUUUGGUAUGACCCUAACUGGCGUUCACACUUGUGGAGAUUACAUGUUCAGUGGCCACACAGUCGUCCUAACUAUGCUGAAUUUCUUUGUCACUGAAUGUAAGUAUCUUUAGUGCUUCUAUGCCUAUCAACUAACUAGCUGCAGAGGAGGCUGUGGGAAGGGCAUCAAAUUCUGUGAAGAAUGGGAGAAACAGACUGAUGUAAGAAACAUAUGACUGAGAAACACUGGAAGAAGUGUGGUUUUAAAAUGAUCUUUCUGUCCUUUUCCCAGAUACACCAAGAAGCUGGAAUUUCUUGCACACUUUAUCCUGGGUUCUCAACCUCUUUGGAAUCUUCUUCAUUUUGGCUGCCCAUGAACAUUAUUCCAUUGAUGUGUUUAUUGCCUUUUAUAUCACAACGAGACUCUUUUUGUACUACCAUACUCUAGCCAAUACCAGAGCAUAUCAGCAGAGUAGGAGAGCAAGAAUUUGGUUUCCCAUGUUUUCUUUUUUUGAAUGCAAUGUUAAUGGUACAGUCCCAAAUGAAUAUUGUUGGCCAUUUUCAAAACCAGCAAUAAUGAAAAGACUAAUUGGAUG